AUGAAGAAGCGCAAGGCUAGCGAGGACCUCUCCCCGCAGCCUGACUCCCAGGGCACUGCCCCUGUGGAGCUGGCAGAAGGCGAGGAUCCCGAGAGGCCUGUCCGUAUAUAUACCGACGGAGUCUAUGAUCUCCUGCAUCUUGGCCACAUGCGGCAGCUCGAGCAGGCCAAGAAGAUGUUCAAGCACGUGUACUUAAUGGCAGGAGUUGCUUCUGAUGAAGAAACGCAUCGGCUGAAAGGCCAGACUGUGCAGAGUCUAGAAGAACGAGCUGAAACCCUUCGUCACAUAAAGUGGGUAGACGAGGUCAUUGCCCCCUGUCCGUGGAUCAUCACCCCUGAGUUUGUGGAGAAGCAUCGAAUCGACUACGUUGCUCAUGACGCCGAGCCCUACUCUGCUGUUCAGAAGAGCAAAGAUAAGAAGAAAGACGAUAGAAAGAGAAGGAAAAACAGCAGCCCAACAGAGGCAGAAAGCGGUGACAUAUACGGCUGGCUAAAGAGCAGCAACAAGUUCAGGGCGACGGUGCGUACCCAGGGUGUCUCGACGACGGACAUCAUCGUCCGCAUCCUUCAGAAUUACGAGGAUUAUGUGGACAGAUCGCUCUCACGCGGUGUCAAGCCGAGGGACAUGAACAUAGGCUACACGAAGGCUAAUGCAAUAAAGAUGAAGAAGAACAUGCAGCGUUGGGGAGAGAAGGUCUCUGACGAGCUGACGAAGGUUACGCUAACGGACCGACCUUUGGGGGUACACUUUGACGAAAGCGUCGAGAAACUCCGUAACAGCAUUCACCAAACGUACGACAACUGGAGGGGACGGUCCCACAGACUGCUGCGUGGCUUCGCGAGCAAGUUUGAACCCAUGAAGUCACUCAUUGGGAUUCAUGUAAACCACCACCAGUCGAGCGACGACGACGCGGCCAUCUCCGAUGGCUCGGGCCUCUCAGACUCGCCGGCUCCGCACGGCAAAGAAAUCAGUGGUGGGCAGGCGGGGGAAGAAUCGGAUGCUGCGGAGGCAUAA